AUGCAACGCACUCCUUUUGCUCCUGCGCCUGCUCAGUCUCCCCCUCUUCAUCAUCCAGUGCCCCAACAUGUGUCUACUGUCCCGAUGAUGCGGUCUCCGCCACCGCCAGCUCCGCAGCAUUCUCAGUCCUCUAGCUAUGGCAACCCAUACCAGCCUGCCACCGCUCAGGGGGGCAGUGGCACAUUUGCACCUGGCUUUGGCGGCUUCAUUUCAGAUCCCACAGCGCAAAUGGGUUUCCAGGUUGGCAAGAGUGCUGUUAUGGCAGGGCAGGAAUAUGUGGAACAAAAUUUAAACCGUUAUAUCUCGAUCCCAGCCUUAAAACAUUAUUUCAACGUUUCGAACUCAUAUGUACUCAAUAAAACCAUGCUCGUCCUUUUCCCAUGGCGACAUAAACCGUGGUCUCGCCAACAGGCACGGUUAAAUGCUGUGCAGUCUAGUGCAAAUGGCCAAAUCGCGCAAGCGCAGUACACCUCAAUAUACUUGCCUCCCCGAGACGAUCUUAAUUCGCCGGAUAUGUACAUCCCUGCUAUGGCGUUGGUGACCUAUAUUAUUUUGUCUACUGCUCUAGCAGGGCUGCGCGGCGUCUUCCACCCUGAACUAUUAGGCUCAAUUACCACGACUGCGCUCGCAGUAGUCAUUUUUGAAAUCCUCUGUUUGAAAAUUGCAAUGUAUAUUCUCAGCAUUAGCAAUGAUUCCCAACUCCUGGACCUGGUCGCGUAUUCUGGCUAUAAAUUUGUGGGCAUCAUUGUUACACUCGUCUCAUCAGAAGUUCUCACUCCAGGUCAAGGCACCGGUAGCUGGGUUGGCUGGACCGCAUUUACUUAUACAUUCCUUGCCAAUGCGUUCUUCCUCCUUCGAUCUCUGAAGUACGUCCUCUUACCGGAUUCCUCUAGUGACUCCCCGAUGCGUGGAGGCACUAUGACAACUGUUGCACGCUCACAGCGCAAUCGACGCACGCAAUUUCUAUUCAUUUACUCUUACAUCGUGCAAUUUAUUUUCAUGUGGAUUCUCAGCCGAGCAGACCCAGUUGCGUCGGCUGUGGUAUCUAAAGUUGGAGGGGCUAGCAAGGGGCCUUAA